UCGAGGAAGAUGCGUGCGUAAAAACACUGGCAUUUUCUGCACUUCCUUGUUGUCGAGGGAACACAGGCUGGGCUGGGACUUAACUUUAUUUUAGUCCUUGCAUAAAGUUGGUGUGAUUCCAACGAGUUCACUCUGGCACAGCCUGCCAAAUUAUUCCCUUUCGAGUGCUUUGUGCAAGUGCAAGUGAUUCUUCUCGCGCCCGUAUGACGCACCUUUUUCUUUGUGCGUAAGAAGGUGUAGCGUGAAAAUAGAAAAUACAAACAUCGCGCUAGUGAGUGUGGUGGGAACAGGCCCAGCGAAAUAAGGGUUUCCCUUGCAUUUCGUGCAUCACCUGAUCCCCUGCUGUGACGGUGCAUCAAGUCGUCCUGUGCGGCUGCUGCUAAGCAAAAAAGUUAGACAACCACAUCUCGCGCAUCGCUGCGUUGUGUGUUAGUGUUUGUUGUGUUACGUUUUGGUGCUAUUUUUAAAGCGUCUCCCACGAGAUGUCCAAAUAAUCUGCCUCACGGUGCCAACCCGAUCUUCUAUUGAGUAUUUGCGCUCGCGAGCGUGUGUGGGUGUGUGGUUUGUUGUCCGUGGGUCACCCCGUGGGUCGAGAGAAAGCAAAGCAUGCUUUGAUGCCCUCUUGUCAUCAUCGCCAUCAACUAAGGCACACCGAAUGGUGUGUGCCGCGAAAGAGUAGGCACGACACGAAAUUAAUUGAAAUAGUGACAAUAAAUCCGUUUCGAUUGUGGCAAUUGGCUGUUGGUGGCGAACGCUUGACCUGCGAGCGUCAUGGCCACGGCAAAGAGGGAAAUGGAGGAGCCGGAGGACAACACCGAGCUAGAUCCAAGGAUUCAGAUUGAACUGGAGAAUCUCAACACGUCGACAGAUGAUAUUAACAAGCUGGAAAUAGAAUUAGAGGAAGCUAACUCCACGUUUCGAAUACUGAUGAACGAGUCGACCCGCCGGCUGAAACUGUCGUCAAAGAAGCUCGGAAGCUGCAUCGAGAAGGCCCGCCCGUACUAUGAAGCCCUCGAGAAGGCGAAGGUGGCGCAGCUGGAGUGUCAGGCGGCCACGCUCAAGUACCAGCGGGCGAACGAAAUUCAUGCGGCCGCCAAGGAAACGGUGGCCCUUGCCGAGCAGCGGUUCAUGAGCAAUUCGCACGAAUGGCAGUUCGACAAUGCCUGGCAGGAAAUGCUGAACCACGCCACAAUUAAGGUUAUGGAUGCAGAGAAACAAAAGGCUGAAAGUGGCGCCGAACACCACCGAAAGGCGAAGGUGUUUGAAGAAGCGGAAAAGAAAGUACAACAGCUGGAGGAACGGUAUCACCGAAGUAUUCAAAAAUCUCGGCCCUAUUUCGACGAGAAGCAGCUCUGCCAGGAGCAGCUCGAGGCACAGAAGGGCCGCAUCCAGCAGCUCGAGCACCAGAUACAGGCGGCCAAGUCUGCGUACAAUACGGCCCUGCGUAACCUGGAGAAGAUCAGCGAGGAGAUCCACCAGCAACGUGGUGAUCUGAGCCAAGCGGCCCCGUCCGGUCCCCGUGAACCGGGUGUCGGAGCGGAGCUGGCCAACAUUGUACCGACGGCAAACGGCGUCAACGGCAGCAACAGCAGCACUACUGGCCAUUUCCAUCAUCCCUACAGCAGUAGCGCGAUGCCGGACAUUUCCAGCGAGCUGGACAAAUGUGAGAUCCACUCGGUCGGCAGUGCGUCCGUCGCGACCAGCUCGGCCGUGAGUGAGAAGGAUCCAACCGAGGACGAUUACGAUUACUCGAUACUGAACGAAGACGGUGAGAUGAUGGCCGGCGGGUCCGGCGCCACCGACGUGGAUCACAAUCUGGAGCUACUGCGGCAGAAGGUGCGCACCUUGGCCGUGCGUCCCGUGGAGGGUGGCGAUGGUCAGCAGCAGGAGCAGGACGUGUGGGAGCACGAACUCAAUGCGACGGUCGACAAGCUGGACCAUCUGAUGAUGCUCCGCGAGUGUUCACGGAGCAGUGGCACCUUCGGAAAGGCACGUAACAACGGUACGUCACCCUCUGGCGACCACGGUACCGGGGCCACGUUUAGCAGCUUGCCAACGACCCCGAAACACCAUCAGCAUCAUCACCAACACCACCACCAUCACCAGCCGCACCAUUACCUGCACUCCGGAUCAUCGCUCACGUCGCCCGCAUCACCGCCCAACGAGCGGGAGACGAUCAAGAUGUUCAAAAAGCUCGAUCCGCUGCCACUGGCCAACGUGUCGAUGUACGCGCUUCCAACGUACCUUAGUGACGGGUGCAGUGCCGGUGGCAGCACCAACUUUCUUACGCCCAUCUCGGUGGCCUCGGCAACCGGGGCCGGUGCAGAGCUUCCUGUUGUUACACCACGCGCCGAAUCGGGCGCGGUCAAACUGAAGCGAAAGAUGUCGAUGUAAAACGCGGGCAGUUUGUGGGUAAGAGUAUUGUAAAAGGUUGUCGACAGUCGUGGAUGAUCGUGGAGCGUGUGCACCACGAGAGGGGAUAGCCGUGGCCUUUGUUCUUCCCUCCGUGAGGGGGUGCCGACAUGUUUUUUUUUUUUUCGUUACGACGUAAGAGAUCCAGAUAUACUAAUAAUGAGUACAUAUAUUUACUUAGCUCUAGGAAGAGACAGGAGAUCAAAUUAGUGUUGCUAAAAGGCGCAUGGUUCAUUUCUAGCCCAACUCUUGUUCUCCCGAUUGUGUGAUUGUGCCGCAAUCACGAAGUUUGGCGUUUAAAAGUGUGGUACAGAGAAGUUUAGUAGCAAAAAGUCGGCCGGAUCACAAGCAGAGACACAGAGCUAUUAGAGUAAAGAGUUGCUAUGCCGGCUCGGUCAGUAAAGCUUCACAGCAACGAGCAGCACAGCGCGACCGUCAGUUCGAAUAUUCAGGAAACUCUGGCAACAGUUAUCGCAAGCAAACCACUAGCAUUAUUAGCAAACACACACUGUGAUUAGAAAGAUGCCGCAGCAGCGUAGUAGAGUGCAAAACUAACUAACUAGAGCUACCCGAGUAUAAUUCAAACGUCUUUAUAGAAACCCGUUUUUAACGUAACGAAGAGCAUGUAACCGGUACCGCGCACUCUUACGGAUGUGUCCGUAAUGGAAGGACACUUUGGCGUCUUUAUCGGGGUACGAAUGAUGGGGCGGGUCAUUGGAUGGAAUUUCGGCACUUUUCGGUUGGUUUCUUUUGCUCAAUGUUCACUUCGAUCAUGCAACUCUCUUUCACUUUUCGUCUAAAGCCCGCUCGUUUCCAUAGUUACCUCUAAUUUGGAAGAUCACAAAAUGGUUUGAUUGCGCCGUUGAAUUUAAGGUUAUUUUUCGCAUUUAAUGAAGAGCGUCUUAUUUAGCAUUUCUUUUCUUCGUUAUCCUUCGCGAUUGUUUUCCUUUGGCUUAGGUUCCAUGAAGUACUUUGCGUUGCGUCCAAUGAUGGACGCAUUGGGGACACCGAUCAUAGCCCCCCACUGCAAGUGUCAGUAGUGUUUGAGAACAUCACACGGCUCAGCCCAGAUCAGACCUUUUAACGAACAGUUCAUUAACGGACCCGAUCGCGGGGCGGUUAAGCGAAUCCACGGUACAAACGAGCCGAGAAGGGACGCGCAUGGUUUAAGCAGCAAGUGCGCCGUUAGGAUAGACAAAGAACAACUCGCGUAACACACUAAAACAACUCGAUGGAAAACCGUGGUUGCCAGUGGAAACACGGCGCAGAAAAUAAAUGGA